UCAUCCACUCCACGUGGGUGUAUUCGCGAUACAGCGGAGGUAAAUAAGUUGGUGCUUUGGAUAUAAUUCAUACUACCGUCAAAAAGUAAAACAAAUCUCUCGCGGUUCUACAUUAAUUUAACACAUCAGACACAAAUGCCAGAAAACACAAAUGCAGGUAAUAAAAGCAAUCCAGUGCGUUUGUUCUAAGAAAUGUGUGCAGGCGCAUCCUCACUGAAACAGAUUGUCAUGACAUGCUGAAAUUGUGUCGGGUCCUUGAUGUUUUUUCAGCUCGAAGAUUAAUACCAACUCUCAAAAUCAAAGGGUGGCCAGAUCCUAUUUUAACAUCCAGUGGGUUUUGCUUAUCUGGCAAAAUGAGCGAGGAUUCAGCAGACGUACAAAACAAAGCCCUGAAACGACAAGCGGACGAUGCGUUGGUUGAGGAUAAGCACGAAGACAAAAAGCUUAAAACAGAUCAGGAUGAGCAAAGUGCGGACAGGAAAUACCCCAAGAAAAAGGUGGCAAUGCUGAUUGCAUAUUCGGGCAAGGGCUACUACGGCAUGCAGAGAAAUGCAAAGAACUCUCAGUUUAGGACCAUUGAGGAUGAAUUGGUCGCUGCUCUGAUAAAGGCAGGGUGUAUUCCAGAGGGCCAUGGAGAAGAGAUGAAGAAGAUGUCUUUCCAGAGAUGUGCACGAACUGAUAAGGGCGUUUCUGCUGCAGGUCAAGUUGUGUCUCUGAAGCUGUGGAUGAUUGAAAACAUCCUGGCCAGCAUCAAUGCCCAUCUACCCCCUCAAAUAAGAAUUUUAGGUUACAGAAGAGUCACAGGUGGUUUCAAUUCCAAAAACAACUGUGAUGCCAGAACGUAUUCUUACAUGCUUCCGUCAGUCGCUUUCUCCCCAAAAGACUUCAAUCAGGAAGACACGUCGUUCCGUUUGAAUUCAGAGACCCUUCAGAAGGUCAACCGUUUGUUCGGCGUGUACAAAGGCACCCAUAACUUCCACAACUUCACCUCGCAGAAGGGUCCCCGGGACCCCAGCGCUAAGCGCUACAUCACCCAAAUGUCCUGCGGGCAGCCCUUUGUAAAACAAGAAGCUGAGUUUGCUGUCAUCACGGUAAGAGGCCAAAGCUUCAUGAUGCAUCAGAUCCGCAAGAUGAUUGGUCUGGUGAUCGCGGUGGUUAAAGGAUAUGCAAGUGAGGAGGUGAUCGAGAGGAGCUGGGGGGAGGAGAAGGUUGAUGUUCCCAAGGCGCCCGGCCUCGGAUUAGUGCUGGAGAGAGUGCACUUUGAUCGCUAUAACAAACGUUUUGGAGGAGAUGGUAUCCAUGAUACUCUAGAAUGGACUGAGGAAGAAUCUGCUAUUGCUGAAUUUAAGGAGAAGCACAUUUAUCCAAGUAUAGUGGAGACUGAACUCAAUGAGAAGUCUAUGGUGAACUGGAUGGCCACACUCCACAUCCAUGAUUUCGAAGCGACAGCGACAGGAAACCAAGAUCGCAAAGAUGAUGACGACGAUGGAAAUGCAUCUGACUGAAUUGCUGAGAAGCAGAUUUCUUUAUUUUAUUUUACCAUAAAAGUUUGCUUGAGUUUCAAAAAAUGUUGCUUGAGUUUCCUAAAGAAUUCAAAUUCUAAAAUAAAAUUACUUUUAUUACAACCCUUC